AAUACGAGAGACAUUACACAUACUUCUGUAAAACAAGAAAAUCUUUAAUAAUAAUAAUAAUAAAAAGAAGUAGUCAAACGACACCUGCAGAGCACCACUAUCCGCUCUGGAAUACCACAAAUGUAUCUUUUAUAUCCCCACGGCAGGAAAUUAUUUCAAAGCAAAAAAUUUGCAACAAAAAAACAACGGCUGCGGAUCUGAUUUAUAUCUGAAGUGUGCAUUCGAAUAAAUUGUCUCCCCCUCGUUCACGGAAUCCAAAAGUCGCGCAGGCAUAUAUAUGUAUGUCCUCGCGCUGAAAUGAAAAAUGCAGUUCGUUUGCAGCAUUCUGUUACUAGAUUCCCUUUUCCCUUGCUCGAGUGUCGUUUUAAGUGGAAACACAGCAAGUUGCAGCCCCCCUCGACCCGCCCCCCGAGCCUUCCCACCUUCCCCCCCCCACCCGGGCAAGCGAAGUCAGUCGCCUUCUUCGCCCCCAGCGAGGCGCCACAUCUAACAGUUUGGCACAGUAUUUUUGUAAGUCUCAGCAGGAAACUCGGAGCGCUGAAAGGUGACAUCAAAGUGGGGGGGGGGCAACGAAGCCUGUAGUAAUUUGCCACCAAGAGCACCGGGAGAGGAGGCGUUUCCCCCGGCCCGACACGCCCCCGGCCCCACCAGCCAGCCAACGAGCCAACCAAUGGGGAAAGGGCGCUAGGACCGGGGGGGGGAAGACCCCCUUGCAAGCUGCAAGCGGCUCUGCUGCAUUAUAAAUACUUCUCCAAAAUGCGGCGGAGCUCCUUUCUCCCUUCGCCACCGCCGCCUCCGCACCAUUAAAAAAAGCUGCGAUCGUAGAGCAGCCUCUUGGCAGGCAAGCUUCUCCCCCCUUUUUUUUCUCCCCCCUUUUCCUUUUCUCCCCCCCACCCCACCCGACAUUUCCUAAGCCCCCCUUUCCCCCCCUCCUCGGCCGGUUUGCAUGCAUUGUCUGUCUCCCAAAAUGGUUUGUGAGACUAAGAUAGUGGCGGAAGAUCAUGACUCGAUUUCAGGAGCCAAAAAGGAGAGCUUGCUCGUCUCCUCGUCCGCUCAGAUGUGGCCUUCCUCUCGGGCCGGAUCCGGAUCGCCCGCCGCGGGGCCGCAGCUGCAGCCGCAGCCUCCUCCGCCGAGCCCCGCGCCCGACGGCGAGGACCAGAAAAAGGGCGUCUGCAUCAGGGAGUUUCACCCUUCCGAGCAGGAAGCGGUGCGCCGCAUCUUCUACGAGGGCAUCAUGGAAAGGAUCCCCAACACCGCCUUCCGAGGGCUCAAGGACCAGCCCUGGACGCAGAUGGUCUACGGGACAAUGGCCGGUAUCGUUUAUUUCUCUUCCUUAUCUCCAUAGUAAUGUGCUUUGUUGUGACCAAGUCCUUGCUGCUGACCUGCUGUUUGCCCUUCUUUCUAAUGGGUAUGAGGUACUACUUCAGUAGAAAAGUUAUCCUCAGCUAUCUGGAGUGCGCACUGAAUACGGACAUGUCUGAUAUUGAGCAAUAUUACAUGAAAUCGCCAGGUGAGUAAUAUGUCCAUGGAAGGAUCAGUAACUGAACAUCUUUCAUUGUGUCGUCAUGACGGAGGGUUCUUUUAAUUGCUAAGAACACAGCAAUUUCUUCUAAAGAAGAAAAGUGUUUAUAUUUAAACAGGAUUCCAAAAAUCGGUGGAAACGUCUCAUCUGUUUUUUAUUUGUACUUGGGUUCAAAUGGAAGUUUAAAACCUCCUUGGUUUGUAUUGUUGGAAAAUAUACAUAGUUCUGUUUUAUGGAACUUCAAUUUCUCUCUCCUUUCAAGUGACUUGUAUGUCUUUUAUAACAGUAGCGCACAAAAUCUUAAAGAAACUCUCGGGACACAGAUCUAUGGAAGAGCCACUCUGCGUUAGGCCUGGAAAUUCCAGUAGUUAGUUCUUUUGUACAUUAUCUGUGUUCAGGUCAGCUCCCGCACAUCUAAAAGGCAUGUGAGCCAGACACAGGGAAUAUUUAUCCAUCUAUGGCGCUAUUCUUUGGAAAUUCCUCAACUGUAAUUGGGACAGAUUUGUGCAACGAGUGUUCAGCUCUCAUUCAUUGUGGGGAUAAAGGACUCCUUUGAGAAACUUGCUAGAGUAAGAACAGCUGAGUGCUUGGUUUUAAAAGCAUUGCUUCUCUUUUGAGAGUGCCGAAUUAUUUUAAAAACUCUUUCUGCUAUCUAUUCAUACAUCUACCGAUAUAUACCCACUUGUAUUCAGUAAGCAUACUGAGCCUCUCAGGUAAUUCUUGGAACACAUUUGUGUGCAGAGCUAUACAUUGGAACGGUGUUGCUAUCAGCUCAAAGUCUAGUAAUUUUGCUCAACCGUGUUAUGGAUCAGGAAUAAAAAAACCCUAACACUUGAUUCUGUU